AUGUCACAGGAUGGUUUCCCUUCAAUCAUAUUUUUCGAUGUUUUGGGAACAAUUGUGGAAUGGAGACAUUGCAUCGCCAAGGAACUGAAUGCCAAAGCACAACAAGCUCUGCAAAAUCAAGCUCGAGAUCUGAGUACCGAUAUGCGAGCACGUAUCUCUGAUAUGUCCCUUUCGAGCUGGCAAGAAAUUUCUGAGGAGUGGCAUGGCUCCUAUAUGAACUUCGGAAACAACUACGAUACAUCUAAGCCCUUCGUCUCAGUGGAUGAGCACAACCGCAUUUCGUUGGAAAGUAUUCUCACCAAACGGCUUCUCCGAGGUUUAUUCAACGAGGACGAUCUCAACAAUUUGACACUCGCUUGGCAUCGACUGGACUCAUACUCUGACAGCGUGCCAGGUCUUUCUUUGUUAAACACUAAAUUUUUGACCUCUACAUUAUCCAAUGGAAAUGUAACGCUUCUUGAAGACCUAAAAGAGCACAAUUCUUUACCCUUUAAGCACAUCACCAGCGCAGAGCAUCUCGGUGCUUACAAGCCGUCACCAGAGGCCUAUAAUGGUGCUGCGGGCAGAUUUGGUCUCAUGAAUUCCCAAUGUUGUUUUGUUGCAGCCCAUCUUGAGGACUUGUAUGCCGCCAAAAAAUGUGGAUUUCAGACAAUCUAUCUCGAGAGAGACUUGGAAGAAGCUUGGGAUAGUAAAGAUGUUGCACGAGCCAGAGAAGAGGGGUUUGUCGAUCAUUGGGUCGGAGUUGGAGGCUCAGGUCUGAUUGAAGUUGCUCGAUAUCUUGGUAUAGAAAGCCAUGGAAAGUAUUUCGAAUGA